CUUCCAUUGAAGAAAUAUGUAUAACAAGUAGUUCUUAGGAUACAAACCAAUUAUUCGAGGAAGUUUGAGGUAAACGUCAAACCAGGAAUAACUUAUAUAAAACACUCACCACAAAACAAUAUAAAAUGACCCCCACCGGAGAACGCCAUUUUGAGUGCAAAAUAUGCAAUAAAAGAUUUUCACGGAAAAGUAAUUUAGAUAAGCACAUACUACUGCACUCUGGAACUUCUAAUACAUGUUAUAUUUGCAAAAAACAAUUCACACAAAAACAUCUUUUACAAAAACAUUUAUUAACCCACAAAGAAAAUUACCCUUACAAAUGUGAGGUAUGCAAUAAAACAUUCUCAACAAAACAAUCAUUACAGAUACAUGAUUCGAUUCACACUGGAGAAAAACCUUAUAACUGUGAAAUAUGCAAGAAAACAUUCAGAACAAAAGUAGUAUUAAAACAACACCAAGUUGCCCACACGGGAGAAAAGAAAUAUAAAUGUGUAAUGUGUAAUAAAGCCUUUGCAACCAAACAAAAGUUAAACCAACAUGAAAUGGUUCACACCGGUGAACGACCUUUUGGUUGUGAUUUAUGCAAUAGUGCAUUCACAACAAAACAAUCAUUAAACAAACAUUUAUUGAUUCACACUGGAGAACGCCCUUACAAAUGUCAAAUAUGCAAUAGAACAUUCAGAACAAAGGAAAUAUUAAACAUUCAUUUAAUGAUUCAUACUGGAGUACGUCCUCAUGAGUGUCAAAUAUGCAAUAAAACAUUCAAAACAAAGCAAGAUUAAACUAUCAUUUACUAAUUCAUACUGGAG